GUUUCAUUUCCCCGUUGACCAGCAUGCAGACCAGAAAUAUUCUCACGGCCGCUCUGCUCGUCUGUCUGAGUUCAACUAUCUGCUCAGCUCCUGUGGAAGAGACGGAGGUGGAGGAACAGGAGGCGAUAGAGGAGGUGGAGGAGGAGGAGGAGCUCUCAGAAGAGGAGGAUGAUGAUGACUCCAAGAGUCUGGAUAGCAUAAUGGGAACCGGAGCCCAUGCAGGCAGCAGCCCGUCCCGGGGCCCGGGACACAGCGCGUUCCCCGGGGCCGGAGCCCAGAGGCCCUCGGACCACGUUGUGUUUCCCAGCGGUUCAUCCCUGCUGCUGGAGGCCAGCGACAACAACAACGCCCGAUCACAAGUCCAAGAGGGACAGAACGUCUCGUCACUCGGCUCUGCUGCCUCAGUGAUGGUGUCUGAUCUGGGGCCUCCAGCCUCCGAGACCUCGCCCCUGGCCUCCACCCUUCCAACCUCCAGCCCAACUAACCCACGGUCCCCAGCUCCAGGAGACCCGACCCUCCCAGUCUACCUGACCUUUAACCAAUCGGACCAUCCUUCCUUCGCUCCGGACCCGUCCUCCUCUUCUCCGGACCAAUCACCUUCCACUCCGGACCAUCCUUCCUCCACUCUUGGCCAAUCCCCUCCCACUCUUGGCCAAUCCCCUUCCACUCUUGGCCAAUCCCCUCCCACUCUUGGCCAAUCCCCUUCCACUCUUGGCCAAUCCCCUUCCACUCUUGGCCAAUCACCCUCAACUCUUGGCCAAUCACCUUCCACUCUGGCACCAGGUUCUGCUGCUGUAAACACAGCCUCAGACCACGCCCCCUCUGUAGGGCAGCAAGAGUCCCAGUCGACCACAGUUCCUGCUAGAGAGCAGCCAGGAAAUGGCCGCCAGACUCUCCUAGCAGACACCGGUCGAGGGAGUAGUGUUGCUAUGGCUACUGUUGUGGACGGUAACCGAGGUCAGGUAGAGACAGGUACAGCUGCUUAUCAAAUGGACGUAGAAACGGUCAUGGUGGAAGUGUCUUCACCUCCUCCUGGGACAGCCACCUCCUUCUCCGAUGUCACAGGAGGAACGGAGUCGCCGGCAGUCGAACACUUAUCGCACACACUCUCAGCCUCACUCCUCCCUACCGACACGGGUACCAUGGCAACCGCUAUGACCACGCACACAGAUCAACAAACAGCCACCCAGCAGAUGCAGACGGCUGCUUCAGCCGCUCAACGGCUCCACCCACCUGGUCCGGGUACUCAGGGUGCAGAAGAUGUGGAACUGGAGGAUUCCUGCUGACUUCCACAUGAAGCCGCGGGUUCGAUUCCUCCGCUACAGGUUCCAGUGCGCCGACGAGACGUCCUGGCAGAAGAGGUCCGAGCCCCCCCACUAGUUAUAGGCCCCGCCCACUAGCGCUAGGCUCCGCCCCUAACGCCACGCCCCUCCGUGUCUGACUGAGUUGUCGUUGUUUAGUCAGGUUGUGUUUAAAGUAUCAAUAAAGAUUCGUCUAUUUGAAAAAUC